CGUAAAAGUUGGAUUUUUGAGUUUUUUUUUAAGGUUUUAGGUUUCAUCAUCUAAAAUUCAACAUUUGGAAAUAUUCUACGUCUUCUAUAGUUCUAUUUGGGUUGCCGUCUUUCCGAGCUUCCCCCACGCAAGCCAAUACUCCAAAGUCUCUUCUCUCUCUGUCUCUCGCACGCAACACUUGCUCUGCAUGUGGCGUCUUAGAAUUGGACUAGAACAACAUCGCCGCCUUGUCUUUUUCUUCAAUAAGCCGCCAACGUAUAUGGUCACCGUGAUUUGAAGAUGCGUAGAUUUUGUUGAGUUGUAGACACAACAAUUAAGUAUAAUAGUAAGUUGCGGAAAAAGCUCAACCGAGUGUCGACAGUGAGUAAAUGGAUCAAGAAAAUAUUAUGAACCACGGUGAUGAUGUGCAUGACAUUGAAAAUGAGGGUCUGUGGGAUGGGAAGGAGAUUAAGAGGUACUUGUCAGAGGUAUCUGACAAAAACAUAACAUACAAAGAACCAUUUUUGGUGAAAAGGACGAACACCACCUCUCAGAUUGCCAUUGUUGGUGCCAAUGUUUGCCCCAUUGAGAGCCUCGACUAUGAGAUUGUUGAAAAUGAAUUAUUUAAGCAGGACUGGAGGUCAAGGAAGAAGGUUCAGAUAUUUCAGUACGUUUUACUCAAAUGGGCAUUUGCACUUCUUAUUGGGCUAGGUACUGGAAUAGUUGGCUUCUUCAAUAAUAUUGCAGUCGAGAACAUAGCUGGUUUCAAGUUGCUGCUGACUAGUGGUCUCAUGUCUGAGCACAAAUAUUACAAGGCUUUUACAGCAUAUGCUGGUUGCAAUGUGGUUUUAGCUGCCGCUGCUGCAGUUCUUUGUGCUUUCAUUGCUCCAGCGGCAGCAGGUUCUGGUAUUCCUGAGGUGAAAGCCUAUCUCAAUGGCGUGGAUGCUUAUUCAAUGCUAGCUCCAAGCACUCUCUUUGUAAAGAUUUUUGGCUCCAUUCUUGGUGUUUCUGCUGGCUUUGUGGUGGGUAAAGAAGGGCCUAUGGUACACACAGGUGCUUGCAUAGCCAAUUUACUUGGGCAAGGUGGUUCUCGCAAGUACCAUUUAACUUGGACAUGGCUAAGAUACUUCAAAAAUGACCGGGACCGACGAGACAUGAUCACUUGUGGUGCGGCUGCUGGUGUAGCUGCUGCCUUUCGUGCUCCAGUUGGUGGUGUCCUGUUUGCCCUAGAAGAGGCAGCUUCAUGGUGGCGGAGUGCUCUUCUUUGGAGGACAUUUUUCACAACAGCAGUAGUCGCCAUAGUUUUGAGAGCUUUCAUACAAUAUUGUUCCACAGGAAAAUGUGGACUAUUUGGCCAAGGAGGUCUUAUAAUGUAUGAUGUCAGUUCUGCCACGUCAACAUAUAGUGGCCCAGAUAUAUUAGCAGUAAUCUUCCUAGGAAUUAUUGGAGGCAUUCUUGGAAGCAUAUAUAACUAUUUUGUGGACAAGGUCCUUCGUACGUAUAGCAUCAUCAACGAAAGAGGUGCUGUUUCCAAGAUCUUACUAGUUAUCGCCAUCUCCCUCUUGACAUCGUGUUGUUCUUUUGGGCUGCCAUGGCUUGCAAAGUGCAUCUCUUGCCCCACAGACCUGACAGUGAGCUGCCCCACCGUUGGUGAAUCUGGAAACUAUAAAGGCUUCCAGUGCCCGACAGGGUACUACAACGACCUUGCCUCCCUCUUUCUAAACACUAAUGAUGAUGCCAUUCGCAACCUAUUCAGCACUAGUACCAAGAAUGAAUUUCAUAUCUCCAGUCUUUUCAUCUUCUUUGGUGCUAUCUACUGCCUUGGAAUUAUCACUUAUGGCAUUGCUAUUCCCGCUGGUCUCUUUAUCCCUGUCAUACUAGCUGGAGCUUCCUAUGGUCGUCUUGUUGGGAGAUUGUUUGAAUCAAUCUCUACCCUUGACAUGGGUCUCUAUGCCCUUCUUGGAGCUGCAUCCUUUCUUGGUGGAACCAUGAGAAUGACAGUUUCCCUGUGUGUUAUAUUGCUUGAGCUCACCAAUGAUUUAUUAUUGCUUCCCCUUGUUAUGUUGGUUCUUCUAAUCUCAAAAACUGUGGCUGAUAACUUCAACAAGGGUGUCUAUGACCAAAUACUGAAAAUAAAGGGAUUGCCUUACUUGGAUGCCCAUGCAGAACCUUACAUGAAGCAUUUGGUUGCACGUGACGUUGUUUCGGGUCCAUUGAUCACCUUUUCUGGUGUUGAAAAGGUGGGGAACAUAUUACAUGCUUUGAAAACAACAGGGCAUAAUGGGUUCCCCGUGAUUGAUGAACCGCCUUUCUCAGAUGCACCAGAAUUGUGCGGGGUUGUUUUGAGGUCUCAUUUGCUAGUUUUGCUGAAGGGAAAGAAUUUUUCAAAGGAUAGGGUGGUUACUGGAGCUGAUGUGUUUCAAAGAUUUGCUGCAUUUGAUUUUUCCAAGGCAGGGUCUGGUAAGGGAAUCAAACUUGAGGAUCUAGAUAUUGAAGAGGAAGAGAUGGAGAUGUAUGUUGAUCUUCAUCCUAUCACCAAUGCAUCUCCAUACACAGUGGUCGAGACGAUGUCGCUGGCCAAAGCCGCAAUUCUCUUUCGGCAACUUGGUCUCAGGCACAUGUGUGUUGUACCAAAGAGCCAAGGGAGGCCUCCAAUUGUUGGUAUUCUGACACGGCAUGACUUCAUGCGAGAGCACAUAUUGGGACUCAAUCCUCAAUACAACGAGUAGAUCAACUGAAUGGUCGUGUGUCAUGUUACAAGUUCUAGUGUUGGAUUCUAUACAUACUUGUAUCAUGCUCGUGACGACUUUAUUUUAAAGCCAAAUAUGCUCGUUCGUAUUA